CUAUGGUGUGUCACCGUGCUCGGAGUUUCUAAGCUCAGUCUCUGUGGACUCCUUCAUCAGUAUCUUCCCAAAAGAAAACAGAAAUGAGAUUUAUUUCUUGGAUAAGAGAGAGGACAUUGUGUUAAAAGGACCAGACGAUCCUGGGAAUGGCACUGUUGUCUGGGACUGGAAACCACACUCAGGGCAGCACACCUAUAAGUUAAGGUCUUUCAUGAGAAGCCACUCAGGCAGUUGGAAUGGAUAUUGGUACAAUGACUGGAAAGGCAAUGACUUGUAUCAGGAACAAAGAUUGGAGUAUGAUAGUAUUAAUCUGAUAAUUAUAUGUUCUAAAUUUAAAUUUGCGGGGAUGUUCACUUUGACCCAAACACAACCAAUGAAGAAAAUCCUACAACAAUAUGAAGUAUUUGGAAUCAAAGUUGAGGCGAGUCCACAGCGGCCUGUGGAGGGCAGUGACGUCACCCUCAGCUGUACCAUCUCCAGACUCCCAGAUACUGUCAGUCUCCACUGGAAUCCAGUGGGCUCAUCCCAGCAGAACAGGAGAAACACUGAUCAGAUCCGGCUGAAUAACACCGUCUAUCUGAUGCUCCGACACGUUACAGUGGAGGAUGGGGAGUUGUAUCAGUGUGAAGUGCGGGAAAAUGGUAACAUUGUUUUCACAAGCAAAGCAAACUUUACUGUAGACACGGAGGAUCACGGUUUUAAACACACCAUUGUUGUAAUUACUGGUGGACUGGCCUUUCUCUUCAUCAUUAUCCUGGUGAUGGUGUUGUGUCUAAGAAAGCGCAAGAUUACAGCUUUGGGAAAUCCAAAACAGAAAUCGCAGCAAACAAUGAGGAACACAGAAGAUGAUUCUAAUCUUUAUGCAAGUCCAAAUGAAAUUCAGUCCAUAGAAGGAACUAAUGAGAUGCCAGAGACUGAGACCAGCCAUAUUGCUGAAUAUAUGUCUGUGAGUAGAAAGGCAAUACAAAGAGACACACAGAAAAAUAUUCAUUAUGCAUCCAUCUGCUUCGAGAAAAAUGCGCCAGAACCUGCCUUCUUCAAAUGAAAAUGCCUCAUCUGUUAUCUAUGCACAGAUAACAAAAAAACAUAUGAAUAAUCUGCAAAGGAGUGGAUAUGUGGAAAGUAGAAUAUUUUGAAAUCAUUUUUUAUAUUUUCGAUUUGCGAUGCACCUUCACGAAUGUAUUUGCCAUGAGUUAACAUAAUUCAAAGAUUCAAUCAUCUCAUUAUCACUUCUGAUUUAUAAAUGAAAAUCAUAUUUCUGAAAACAAUUUCAACAUUUUGUUUCAGCUUCUACGGAUACGAUGUGAAAAAAAUACAGCUUCAUUAUGCAAGAUAGAUUAAAUAGACUGGGCAUAUUUGUUACAAUACAACUAGAAUGAAU